CUAUCAUUGACUGAAGUCCAUGCAAGCCCACUGUCCAGUUACAGUAUGGUACAUUCCUCGUUUCAUUUCUGAGAAGCAAUUCCAUUAUCAUAAGUCAUACCCCGCAAUCAAAGGUUUGACAUUUCCAUUACUCUUCUUUGAAAGCACCAGAUUCUUGAAGCCGAACCAGAAAAAAAAAAAAAAAAAUGGAAGAAAAUCAAGAAAGUAGCUUAAAACCAAAAAGAAUCUUUUUAUUAUCAGGCCAAAGCAACAUGGCCGGUCGCGGCGGAGUAAACAAACAUCCCCACCAACACCAUAAGCACUGGGACGGUAUUGUCCCACAAGAGUGCAAACCACACCAAGACAUUCUUCGUCUAACAGCCAAUCUUCGCUGGGUUACAGCUCAAGAACCACUUCAUGCUGAUAUUGAUAGCAAGAAAGUGUGUGGUGUGGGGCCAGGGAUGUCAUUUGCCAAUUCGGUGAGAGAUCAAGGCCACGCCGGCGGUGACGGUGGUGGUGAGGUGGUGGGCUUGGUGCCGUGUGCUGUUGGUGGGACAGCGAUUAAAGAAUGGGGGCGCGGAGAGAAGUUAUAUGACAUGAUGGUGAAGAGAGCUAAAGAAAGUGUUAAAGAUGGUGGAGAGAUCGAGUGUUUGUUGUGGUAUCAAGGAGAGAGUGACACGUAUACUGAACAUGAUGCUGAUGCUUACCAGGGGAAUAUGGAGAAGUUGGUUGCUAAUGUUAGAGAAGAUCUUGGUUUGCCUUCACUUCCAAUUGUUCAGGUUGCAAUUACAUCAGGAGAUGAGAAGUAUCUGGAGAAAGUACGAGAAGCUCAACUAAAGAUGAAUAUCUCAAAUGUGGUGUGCGUGGAUGCAAAGGGAUUACAGCUCAAAGACGAUAACCUCCACCUAACUACUCAUUCUCAGGUUAAGUUAGGCCAAAUGUUGGCAGAAGCAUACAUUAAGCAUUUUGCACCCCCAUCACCGUCGCCAUCGCCAUCGUCAUAACCUACCUUCAUUUUGCUUUACUUAAAAGUAAUAUAAACUAUUUCUCUAUUUUGUGAUUAUUCUCUAUUAUGUAAUUGUCUGUUUUUUAACAUAUUUCAUUUUCUUUUCUCUCUUUUUCUCAUUGUUAUUAUGCCUUUGCAUUUGCAAUGUAACCUAAGCAAGCUAAGGUGUUGCCCUUUUCUCAUUGUUUGAUUAA